AUGGACCGGUUACCUUCUAGACUACAGGACCUCACAAAAGAUGAAUUGAUCGAAAAAAUUCUAGAAUCGGAAACAAUAUUAAACGAGUUUCAAGAAUCGAGUAAAGAAUUGGAAAAAGCGUUGGAACAAGAACUACAAGAUUUAGAAUUAUCAAAUCAAAACCUACAAACCCAAAAUCGAAAUCUCAAAAAUCAAAAUAAUUCAAUAAUACAAACCAAUUCAGAGAAUGGAAAACAAAUAGAUAAUUUACAAGAAAUAUUAAGAAAUAAAUCAGAAGAAAUUCACACGUUAAGACAACAAAUAGUUAAAAUUGAAAUAACAAAUGAUUCAAUGGAAAAUCAAGAUAGAAUUAUUCAAAAUGCACUUAAUUUACAAAAAAAUUUUAAUAAUGAUCUUUUGGAAAAAAUUGCUAUACUAGAGGAUGAAAUUGACAGGUCAAGGAAACAAAAUUUUGAAAAACAAUUAUAUAUUACCAACUAUCAAUCCCAAAUUAAAGAAUUGAACUCAAAAAUUGAGAACUUGGAAUCGAAGAUAAAAGAUAUUGAGACUGUUGACACUAAUGAUAAUAAAGUUAAUGAAUACAAUGGAGAUGUACUGUUUGUAACCAUGGAAGAUAUGCUAAAAUCAACUCCACCACCAAAUAAACUCAAGGAACUACAACAACAACAAUCUCAAAGAUCAAAAUUGAAAAAAUCAGAUAGUUUACAAAAACUUAAAAGUCUAACAAGAGAUAUCGAAAUGUUUUUAGGAAACUUCAACAGACAGGUACAUAAUAAUGAUCAUUCAUCUAAUGAAAGAAUUGCAUUAUAUAAAUCACCAUCCACUACUCAUAUAACAAAGAUUAAUAACGGAUCAUCUGAAUUAAUUGGUAAUACUACUGAUCAAAAAAGAUAUAGUAUUAAUAGCAGUAAACGAAUAUCGUUAAGUAAAAGAUUUUCAGAUUUACCUUCAAUCAGUGGUAGUCCAACAUCUAUAAAAAGAGUUAGGUGA